GGAGGAGAACCGGCGGCUCAAGACCAACUACUGAGCCUGUGAUGUCACGGUGAUGUCACUGUCUUCUUCACACCAGCAGCACCAGACCUGCGGGAGGCCGCGUCACUCCGUCAGGGACGUCGGUGCAGAAGCAGCGGACUCAACAUGGUGCGGACUAAAGCCGACGCGGUGCCCGCGGCCUACAGGAAAGCCGUUGCAGCUGCUGCCCCCCGGAAGUCUCUGGGCUCCAGUUCGGCCAACUCCGCCGCCUCCUCCUCCUGCGGAAACCAGACGGCCCCACCAGCAAAGGGUAAAUAUGCCGGCGGUAACCCGGUGUGUGCCCGCCCCACGCCCACCUGGCAGAAGGGCAUCGGGGACUUCUUCGGUGGUCCCCCCCGGAAGCCCGAGAAGGAGAACCUGAGGCCCCAGGAGGAGGUGGAGGAUGAGGAGGAAGCGGGAGGCAGCGGGGUGACCAGCAGGAAGUCCCGGCCGCUGCCAGCUGAGGAAGAGGAUGAAUGAGGAUGAAGAGCGACUGGUCCCUGUUGGUGUUUUAAUGUACAUCUGUAUAUAAUUAUCUUCUGAAUUCACUUUGUAUAGUUCAUUAAACUUUUUUUAAAGAUAAAAACAAGUUGGUGCUUCAGCUAAUGUUCUUUCCAUCAGUUAAGGAGAUCAACUUUGAGAUCUAUCAUUUUAAUAACUGAACAUCAUUCAGGAGGCAUAAAGAUAAAAUAAAUCAGUUUAUAUAUACAUUGAAAUAUAAACCAUGAAGUCUUCAUAUUUAAAUGAAAUAUUAGCAUCAAUGUGACGAAGUGUAAAGGCACUGCAAAAUUAUGGCAAAGUAAGUGAUGUUUAGUUUUGGUUAAAUGUUUUUUUAUAAAAUAUAUGAAAAUAUAUAUACAGGACUGUCUCAGAAAAUUAGAAUAUUGUGAUGAAGUUCUUUAUUUUCUGUAAUGCAAUUAAAUAAACAAAAAUGUCAUGCA